AUGUUCUCCUCUGCGCUCAAGUCCUUUUCCAGCACCAACAUCUCCUCCAACUAUACCGUAUCGCCAAAUCCCACCUCGACGGCCGGGCCGUGGAAGAUCUACGAUGCUAAGAAGAAGUCCACCGGCAAGGCGUACAGCGUCUUCGCCUUUGACAAAAAGUCCCUGGACGCGCACGGCAGCUCUGUCGGCAAGGGCAAUGCCGCAUCCUACAAGCGCAGCGUCGAGGAAGUGGUGGAGCGCCUGAAGAAAGAAGCGUCCAGUUUGGCUAAGCUGCGGCAUCCCAGCAUUCUCGAGCUCGUUGAGCCGGUGGAGGAAACCAGAGGCGGCGGUUUGCAAUUUGUGACAGAAGCAGUGACUGCGUCUCUGUCCAGCUUGUUGCAGGAAAAGGACGAACAAGAGCGUUCUGGUGGCCCUGGCGGCAGAUCGAGUCGAUACGUGACGGAAGAUGCCGACGGCGUGCGCAGAAGAAGAGAGAUUGAGAUUGAUGAGCUGGAGAUUCAAAAGGGACUGCUGCAAAUUAGCAAAGCAUUGGAGUUUCUACAUGAUAACGCCGGUCUGGUCCACGGUAACUUGACGCCUGAUGCAUCUGAUUGGAAGAUAAGCGGACUUUCUUUCUGCAGUCCUGCAGAUGGUUCGACAAAGCCUACCUCGAUCCAGGGCAUCAGCCUACACGAAGUCCUCAACCUAGACCCGAGGCUACCCAAAUUUGUCCAACUAAACUUGGACUUCACUUCUCCUGAUUUUGUCAUGGAUAAUAACCUAACCGCAUCUGCUGAUAUGUUCUCGCUCGGCUUGCUCUCCGUUGCUCUCUAUAAUUCACCGCAUCAGUCACCAAUCGAAGCGCAUGGGAGCCCCUCUUCAUAUAAGAGGAUCUUUUCUUCAUCUUCCACCGUCCCAACAACCACAAACAAUUACCUUUCCUCCAGACCACUACCCAGGGACCUAUCCAAUCAUGUGCUGCCGAAGCUCAUCGCGAGGAGGCCUGCGCAGAGAAUGACUGCCAGAGAGUUUCAACAAAGCGAAUAUUUCGACAACGUCCUUGUUUCUACUAUCCGCUUUCUCGAUACCUUUCCGGCAAAGACUCCCAACGAAAAGUCAGCAUUCUUGCGGGGCCUUAACAAAGUCUUGCCUUCCUUUCCAAAGUCGGUUUUAGAAAAGAAACUAUUGCCGGCGUUGUUGGAUGAAAUGAAGGAUAAGGAUCUUCUCUCGCCGAUCUUGCAAAACGUCUUCAAGAUACUCACUCUACUGCCGACGGCUCGAAGAGCGUUCAGCGAAAGAGUACGACCAGCCUUGAAGAGCGUAUUUGUGGAAAACGCAAAGCAGAGCCAAGAGAAAGACCCAGCCCGAGAUGCUGGUUUGAUGGUCUUUUUAGAGAACAUUGCAGUGAUAGCCAACAACAGUAAUGGAGGAGAGUUUAAAGAUGAUGUUCUGCCCGUUAUCCUUGCUGCCAUUGAAUGCCCCACACCAUCAAUCGUGGAUGCAGCACUGAGAAGCUUUGCUGUGGUGCUGCCUGUUCUGGACUUUAGUACUAUCAAGAACGAGCUAUUCCCCGUUGUCUCCGUUGUCUUUAGUCGAACAAAUAGCCUUGCCAUCAAAGUCCGUGGACUUCAAGCAUUCGUCGUUCUCUGCGGCGGCUCCAACGAAUCCAGCGCAGAUGACGGCGGCCUCAGCGGGCUGGAAGGAAACAAGAAGACUUCUUCAUCCAGCGCACUCGACAAGUACACCAUGCAAGAAAAGAUUGUGCCCUUGGUCAAAGGCAUCAAGACCAAGGAACCCGCCGUCAUGAUGGCAGCUCGGGACUUGAUGUACGUGGUCGGACAAAACGCUGACGCCGAGUUUGUGGCCAUGGAUAUCCUACCAAUCCUAUGGAAUAUGAGUUUAGGACCGCUGCUUAACCUCAAACAGUUCCAAUCAUUCAUGGACCUCAUCAAGACUUUGUCACGCAAGGUCGAGGACGAACAGACGAAGAAAUUACAAGAGCUGUCAGGAUCGAUCAAUGGAUCAACAGCUGCUCCAAACGAAGACUUUAUGGCUUUCGGCGGCCUGACAGGAACUGCUUUCGAUGCCACUAAUGGCGGCAACGAAGACGACUUUGAAGCCCUGGUGAAGGGCACAGCUGGCGGCUCUUCCAGCGCUGCAAGGACGCCCAGCUGGGACGACGCACCGAGUGCCGCUGCCUCUGUGAAUCGAUCAUCAACGGCCACACCACAGACACCAUCCUUUUCCUGGUCGACUCCACGCGCCAUGAGCCCUCCCGUGAAGCAACCAAGCACCCUACAGACCCAGCAGCCUUCUUUCCGAACAGUCACCCCCGACCUCAACCGCUUCGAAGUCAUGACUCCAAGCUCAACCCAGUUCAGCCAGCCCCUGCAACCAACAUCACAGCAACCGAGUUUCCAGCAAACGCCAGCGCAGUCCACGACAUCUGCACCAAGCUUCGGCUGGUCAUCCACCUCUACGUCCACUAACAAGAGCUUCUCGCCGCCUCCCCUGACACCAAACUACUCCUCCAACAUGUCCAACUCCAGCGCUACAUUCGGUACUACAGGCAUGGCCAAUUCCAUGUCCAACAUGUCACUAAACUCGAUCAACUCCCAAAGACCCGCAAUGAGCGAUGCCCGAGGCUCAUCCUUCUCUCUGGCCCCACCGCCAGGCAGCAACUCCGGGACAUCAGGAUUCAGUCUCGCACCGCCCCCGGCAGCGUCUCAAAAUGUAUGGAGCUCAGCAGGUUCAGGCAGCUCGCUGUCUCAACAGCAGAAACCAAUGGGCUUUGGGGGAAUUGGUAAUAGCAGCCCGAUGGGUGGCAGUUCCUUGGCCCAACCCCAGCAGCAGCAACAACAAAAGUCUGGUCUAGAUAAGUAUGAAAGUCUGAUUUAG